AUGACCGAGGUCGCAGCAACAGCUGCACCUGUAAACGACGAUGCGAUCGAUUCAGAUGUGAAGGAGAACGGAGAUACCAAAAUGGAGGAAGCCAAUGAUGAAAAUAAACCGGCGAACGAAGAUAAUACUAUUACUGCAGAUGAGGUCUCUGUACCAAUUCCAGAGUCUGCCCAUGAGGAACAGAGCAAAUCAAAUCGAAAGAAAGGCCUCGAUGAAGCCAAACGAUAUAACCAGAGAAACCGCAAUCACAAUGACAAGCAUAGCCGUCCGCAGCGCGAGAAGCAUGACCGCUUCAGUUUCGACAAGAACAGGGGCUCCCAUAGGCAAAAUAUCAAGUUUGAUCCCGCCUCACUGCCUGACAGCGAUGAUCCUGAAGCUAUUCGUAAACAAUUUUAUUUCUCGACCUCAAACUUGCUCACAGAUAAGUUUCUAUUCACCAAAAUGGAGGGUCACAAGAAUAUUCCCGUACCUAUUGAUGUCAUUUACUCCUUCAAGAGAAUGCAGCGUUUCAAACCACGAGAGGCAGUCAUUUCUGCAUUGAAGGAUAGCAAUCUUCUGAGUGUCGUCAAUGAAGAUAAUGAUGUCCAGCGUAGAGAACCUAUCGCUGAGGAUUUGACUGGAAAGUCUAUGGAAGAAGUUCAGAAAGUCCACGAAGACCAGUCGAUGGCCCGAUCGGUGUAUGCAAAAGGGUUCGGGGAGGAGGAGGCGAGCACUCAAUUUGAUAUUGAAGCUUUCUUUUCCAAUUAUGGCACCACUAACUCGGUCCGUUUACGUCGUCAAACCGACGGGGUUUUCAAGCAAAGCGUUUUUGUCGAGUUCGAUGGUGAAGAACUCGCAACGAACUUUCUUGCAAUUGACCCGCCCCCAAAUAUAAGGAUCAAGAAUUAA